CCUUGUGGCAGCACAGACUGCGCAGGAUCUUUGAGCUUUCGCUUUUGUAAUUAAUUGUUGUUGGACGAACCGUAAAAUUCGGGAGCUUUAUUAUCAGAGCCUGUGCUGAUGGCAGUGACAGGGAACGUGUGCUGGGCGAGGAAAAUCGUGUUUCAUUUUUAAUGACUCUAAUGCCAUAAAUCGGAGUUAACAGUUUAAAUCGGUUAUGGCUGCCAUGGCACUAGUUGUGUAACUGUGUCUAAAUGGGGAAAAAUUGAACCACUAUUCAGUGUUUUCGUCAUAUUCGCCGAGAAUAAUUGAGAUUUAGUCCUUAAAUAGUUAACAUUCCACAAAUGGGCCGUUUCCAAUCUGGCAGAUAUCCUGUGGCUGACAACUGGGGGAAGCAGGGUUUGGGUCGGACGCCGAGGCAGCGACAAAAGAGUGAAAAUCGACAGCAAUUUAGGGAUGCGAAAAAGAUCGUGAUGGAGUUGGAUAUGCCAUUACUCACUAUUGUCUUGGGCCUAACUAUCUCUGUGGUUGCAGCAGAGAGUGAAAGCAGAAUCUGUAAGGUGGCCCCUCAUUGGGAAAUUGCCGACCGUAAACCAAUGGAGGAACAGAUUGGCCAUGUUGUUGUUGUGGCCCUUCUCAAAGCAAGCUGCGGGUUCUGUUUGACUCAAGCAACUAAAUUAGGCAGCUUGCGGGACAAGCUCAAACAUCAGGGCCUGAAGGACAUUCACUAUAUGAUAGUGAAUGAGAAAUCACCUCAAUCGAGGGCCAUGCUCUGGGAACUCAAACGCCAUACUCCUGAGGACAUCCCUGUCUACCAGCAAUCACCAUUUCAACGUGAUAUCUGGAGCAUUCUGCAGGGUAACAAGGACGACUUCCUCAUCUAUGAUAGGUGUGGUAAAUUGACCUUUCAUAUCGUAUUACCAUAUAGCUACCUCCAAUUUCGCUAUACUGAAGCAGCAAUCCGAGCUACCUAUAACAAAGAUAUUUGUGGGAACUGUGGAAUUAGUAAUGUCAGUAUUGAGACAAGAAGAAACAUCACCUCUUACAAAGCAAACUUUUUUCAGUUUAAUACUACAAGUUUUGUGACAAGUCUGACUUUUGAAAAUAUAACAACUCAGCCUGUGCAACAGCAUGCAGCUAAUAAGCCUGUUCCUGACCCCAAGCUGUCUUCAAGUCCUAUCCAUCUACAUCAUUUCAAUAAUGGCCAAGAUGAAAGUCUGGAGACUGAUGAUACUGAGAAAUUGGAAUGAGUGCAGUUAGAAUAUCAGGCACAAUAAACUGGCAAUGAUAUAGCUACUGUCAGCAUCAACUCUAAUGUUGUUAAAAUAAAUCCUGAAUUAAUACUUACAA